AUGGCCGAGACCGAGCCGGAGCUGGCAAAGUUGCUCAAGGAAGCGGGUUUGGACGACAAGCUCGUGGACUAUGUGGCCGCAAGGGACAUACGCAGCCGAGACAUCUUCGCGUCCAUCGCAACCUCCAUGAAAGAGGUCGAUGCAGUUUUGAUCGAGCCUUUGACCGCGGGUUUCAAAAUGCCACAAGGUGAGACGCUGAAGCUUGAUGCGCUCCAGUUGCCCAUUGCCCGCGCCAAGCUUCGCUUUGUGUGGCGCAAGUGUUCAGAAGCCUUUUCCGUGUCGACCGCUUCGGCCGCUGCAACUGUGCCGUCAUCUGUUCCUGCGAGCAAGUCCACAAAGGAGCUGCCGCCGGGGUACUGGCAGAUGCAGGUCGCGAAGUACGAGAUGGUACAGAUCGGAGGCGAGUCCCGCAAGUUCCCUCAGGAGCUCCUGCUAGGGACAGAGGCCAUCCUCGCGCGCAUUAUCAAUGAGAUGAAGUCGCUGUCACACACUUCAGUGGCAUUGCACGAGUUGGUCCAGGGCCGCUUCUUCAGCCGAGGCGGAGAUCCAAACCCACUCUGUCCCGCAAAGAAACGGGCCAAAGCAUCGACCACUGUCCUGACCAUCAAUCAGGACAAUCAGCUCGAAACCGCCCCGGACGCACAGUGGAGCCCGAAGUCAGUCCUCUCGUUCUUAGAUUGCUUAGAGGCGAUUCGGUAUGCGUUCAUCCUUGUCGAGCUUGGGCCAGAGCCUGCGGUCAUCCGGUACAUCGAAUGGUGGGAGAAGCAGGUUCGAGCAAGGCAGUAUCGCUUAGAGCAGUUGAAAAUCUUUUGGGACAUAGCCGCCUGGCGCAUUGCGAUGGCUUUGCGCAGCAAGAUUGACUUUGCCACUGUGACGACGGAGAUCAUGAACGACAAUCAGGCACUCCAAGACGCAUUGAACCGCGAGGUCGUGCUGGAGAAGUUUCCCAAGCUGCCCAAGCAUGAUGCCUUUCGUGUUGAUCAUGCGCGAGGAGGCAAAGGUAAAGGAAAAUAUGGGAAGGACUGGAAGGACCGAAAGCGAGCGUGGGAUGAGGGCAGCUACGAGCGUCGCUGGAGUGAUCGCCGAUGGGACGACAAUCGCUACUACGGCUCGCAGUGGGAUCGCAGCUAUUCAGAUCGCCAGCAUCGUGCCAGCAGUGCCUACGAACAGCAGGAGACCGACAACCGUGAAGGAGAUCCUAUCCGGCUCGUCCCAGCAGAACAUGUUGCGAAGCGGAGAAGGAUGAUAGAUGCGAAAGCGCCAGACCUCAUAUUGUUGAGUUUCUUUGAUGGGGUUGCGUCGGCUGCGUUGUUGUGCCAGCAGAUUUGCAGCGAAAGGAGUUGGAAGUGGCAAGCAGUUCUGUGGGAGUCCAACCCCGAAUUGCGUCAGCUUGCAUCAAAGAAGUUCCCCAGCGCAAUCCUCAAGGAAGACGUCGACGAGGAGACGCCCGAAAAGAUUAUCGACUUCCUAGAGCAAAUCGACCCGGGCUCGAAGGCACUUGUGAUCAUUGCAGCCGGUCCUCCCUGUCCUGAUUACAGCAGAGUGCGUGAGAAUGCCCCUGGGACGGCUGGCCCAGAGGGGUCCAAGUUUGUGCGAUUUGCAGAACUGGUCAAGUCCUUUGUUGAGAACGUGGUUCCCCAAAACAAAGAAGAUGUGCGAAAAUUGGAGCGUGCCUUGUCAGCGGAAGCAGUAAUGCAUGAUGCGUCAGAUUUUGGCUUGAUCGCCCGUCCGCGACUGUGGUGGACGCGGAUCCCAUGGCAGGAGCUAUCUCAUCGAAAUGAUUGCCCUUUCACGAUGAGGUGGUCCACGUACCAAGGUCUUCCUCGGGUGCGUUUCAACGUCUCGCCCGACAAGCUCGAGGAUUAUGACCUGGGCGACCUUAGCUGGCCACAGUGCAUUAUGGACAAAACACCUUUACCAUGCUUGACUACGCCAGCUGAAGAUCCAAAAGGACGGCCAGCUCCAAGGUCUUGCAAAGGCAAGACAUCCUCCGACGCGCAGCAAAGGUGGCUGCGAGACGGGCGACAAUAUGCUCCGUGGCAUUACGAGGCUGACAACAUGUUUCGGCAGACUGACAAUAGGCUAGUGCUUGCUCCGGCCGAAGUCAAAGAACAGCUUCACCAUCUGCCUCGAGGAUGGACUGAGGGCCUUCGCGGGACAGCUCGGCAUCGUGCCUUGGCCAAUGGCUGGCACAUUGGUGCAGCCAGGUUCUUCCUUGUUCUGGGAAUCCUCGCAGCAACGCCACAAGCUGCGCCUGCGCGAGAGCUUUCCCCGUUGGGAGGUACUGCGAUCGAUGCAAUGGCAAAGUUAUGGGAGACGAAGCCCUUGCUGAAUGGGCCAGGUGUUCCAGUGUCGGAAGACGCGCUGGAUCUUUCGGCCAUUCUUGAUCCAGAAGAGCACUGGAGCGCUGCCUGUCGAGUCUCCCAUCAGAAUCAGUCACGCCCGCAGCUUGAACCAGGCCUCCUUCAAUGGCUACCGCUGUGGCAGCACUGGCGGAGGGUUGUUCCCGAGAUGAGAUACGCCGUGGCCAAAGAAGUCGAGCAGCUAGUGAGCGACCUUGACGACAGCGUGCAGAAGUGGUACUUUGGCCUAAAGCCGCAUGUUCAGAAAGCUUAUUGUGCUAAAGACCGGGCCUGCUCAGUGCAAGUCCCAGUGAUUAGGCACUUGGCGUCCAUCUUUGGUUGGGGGGACAUGGACAUUUUCGACGAAUUGACAGAAGGCUUCCCUCUUCUAGGCAGUUUGCGGCCAGGUCUGGGGUGGCGCCUUCGUGAUGACGCCCGUUAUAGCGAGCCGAUUCCCAUCACCGAGUUUUGGCAGGAGAACCUCAAAGUAGUUCAGCGGAAACUUCAACAGCAACGAGUAGACCCUGCGUGGGAGAUCAUGGCGGCCGAAAUCGCGGCCGAUGUGAAGUUGGGACGCAUGGAAGGGCCUUUCACGGCGCCGCCGUGUUGGGGGAAGUCGAUGGUGGCCUUAGCAGACUACCAGCACACCAAUGCACUAUUGCCAGGACCUUGUCAACAUGUACCUUGUUGCUUUGCUUUCGCAGUACAUCAGGUGGGUUCCGACGGCCAGCCUAAAGUGAGACGCGCUGAAGAUUGGAAGCGGUCGCUGGCAAACUCAACAGUAGGUGCAGAAGACAGUCCAGCCUAUCACGACGUGUCAGCGUUCGUCAAACUGGCCAAGGCUUUUCGACGAGCGGGUGUGUCUGACAAGCUGUUGCUGUGGGGCCUGGAUCACGAGUCGGCUUACAGGCAGUUCCCUGCGGCUGAGCCCGAGCACACCUAUGUUAUCUUGAACACUCCCAGUGGGCCGACGCUGUGGCGCCAUAACGUGCUCAUGUUUGGGAGCACAGCUUCAGUCUGGUCCUACUGCCGCGUUGCUGACUUGAUGGCUUGGAUCAAUAGGUGCAUGCUUUUAGUGCCCGCUUUGCACUUCGUUGAUGAUUUUGGUUCGUGUGAGCCUGAAGACACAGCCCAGAGUGCGUUUGAGACCUCGCAGCAGUUGUGCCGAGCUUUAGGGUUGAAGUUCAAGGAGUCCAAAGCACAACCUCCGGAGCCUGAACAUGUCAUUCAAGGCGUGAAGAUCAGCGUCCACUCCGAGGAGGCAGUGCUUUCGUGCACACAGGUUCGAAAGGACAGGAUGGAGUCAAGCCUGGUGCAGCUCUUGCUCGACAACCGUCUGAAACCGCCUGAAGCGUCAGCCUUGGCAGGUAAUUUGCAGUUCUUGGCCUCUUCCUUGUUCGGCAAGUCCAGUGCUGCAGCGAUCAGAGCGUUCCAUCAGAGAGCUAGAACAGGAGUGGCGGCCGAUUAUAAGCAGGGCUGGACGCUGAACCAAGCCCUACGCGAUGCCAUUGCGUUCUUGAAGUACAGCUUCGAGCAGAAUGUGCCUCGAGUCAUAAAGUUCUUUGUGCCGGGGAGGUCCAUCGUCUAUGCAGACGCUUUCUUCCAGCUCGGGGAUGAACGCUUUAACUUCCGCAACAUGGACGAUGCGCCAAGUUGGGGCCAUGCUUCGCCUGCAGCCUUCGCAAAUGGAUGGGGAUUUGUGGCGACUUCAGGAGAGCAGACUUGGUAUGCCAUGGGGCAUGUGCCGUUGUGGUUCACGCGUCAUUUUUGUUCACGCAGAGCGUACAUUUACAUGUUGGAGAUCAUCGCGCAAGUGUUGCCUCUCUACGCGUUGUCCAAACUGCUGUACCGUGACGUCAUCCUUUUCGUUGACAAUGAGCCUGCUCGCCAUGCAUUGGUCAAAGGCUAUAGCAGAGACAGCAAUGCGAACAAACUCUUACAGACUGCCUGGUGUUGCUUUGAGGAAAGUCGAUAUCAGCCACAAUGGCAGCGCGUGGCCAGCUCUGCAAACAUCAGUGAUGCGGUCAGUCGGCAAGACGACUCCUUUGCAAAGAAGUCAGGGUGGACUCUCUUCAGUGCAGACUGGAACUCCAUCUUCGACGAGCUGCUGCGGCGAUGCUUGCAAGGGCCUCUGAAGGGGCUCUGA